AAAAUAAAGGUAAAACCCAAAAUAAUUUAUUUGUGUGUCAAUGGCUGGGAAUCUCCUAUUCGGUAAAUGUGGCAGACAAUCUCAACAUCACUCCUGUACAUCCGUAUUUAUGUGUUUGAUAAAAUAAAUAUUUCAAGAGCUACAUCUCUUGUCUGUUAGUCUUGUCAAAAGUUUUAAGAUUAAUGGCCCUUGAUUGUAAAUUCGCAAGAAGCCAUAUUGUGGAUGUGCUUAUCAGACAAGGCCUGUGAAUUACAUCACCGGUAGUUCUGCAUUUGGAUUGUUGUCGUCUAGCAUAAGAGGCCCUCACUUUACCUCUCACGACAAAACAGGGCUGUCCGAGCACAUGGCAAGUGUUUUUUUUUUUUUUUAUUUCUUCCAUGUUACUAUAAGAACUGGAUUAUAAUAUCCUGUUGUAUUUUUUUUAUCAAUUCAGACAAAUAUUGCUUUCUUUUGCCACCAGGCCCCGAAUUUCGAUUGGCUGAGAUGAGUCAUGUGACCAGGAAUUGGCUGCAAUUUCGCCCAUAGUCUUCAGUUUAGUAGACCCUGGUCCCCAUACGCUAGUAAUAUCACCAAUAUACACAAUUAUUAAAGCCCGCAAAUGCCGUCAUAGCAGGAACGCAAAAUAAAUCCUAGCUUUUUGGAUGUUAUUUUUUGCGUAUGUUGGUGUCGCUGGACGCCCUUUUUGCCCAGGCGAAGCGAUGAAUUUUGAAUUUGAGAGGGAGAUUGGGUUCAUCAACAGCCAGCCUUCCCUUGCAGAGUGCCUGACGUCUUUCCCCGCUGUCCUGGAGUCAUUUCAAACUUCAUCAAUCAAGGACUCGACAGCAAUUCCACCUCCUUUCGAGCACACCAUCCCUAGUCUGAGUCCCUGCACAGGCAACCAGGCGCGACCGAGGAGCCAAAAGCGAACUGCCUCCAAUGGCCUCCAGCUCCGGACACAAACAGCACCGCCGACGCAGCACCAGCAAGGCCCGGCCCCGCUGUCGGGUGGUGCACCUCUGGCCCACGAGUUCCCAUGGAUGAAAGAGAAAAAAUCCUCGAAGAAGUGCCCCAAGCCCGGAGCCACUGCUGCUGCAGCAGCCUCCCCUUCUCAGGCAUCCUCCGGCUACACAACCGCGGGACUGGAGUCCCCGACAGAGGCUCAAGGUGGACUGGAUAAUGGCAGCGGUUCACGGAGGCUGAGGACCGCAUACACCAACACGCAGCUACUUGAAUUGGAGAAGGAGUUUCACUUUAACAAAUACCUCUGUCGGCCCCGGCGCGUUGAAAUAGCAGCACUUCUGGAUCUAACCGAGCGCCAAGUUAAAGUGUGGUUUCAAAAUCGACGCAUGAAGCACAAACGGCAAACUACGCACCACCGGGACGGGCAAGAAGGCGAGCCCAGCGGUUUCGAGCUCCUGGAGGGAACCGACGCUGCUUCACCGUAUUCGAGCCAAUCUGUGGAAGUAUCUGGUUCUGGCUCUGGUUCGGCCGCAGUCUCCGAGAGUGAGACGUGCCCGACAACUGCCUCCUACACGAACAGUGCGGACAAAAGCCAGCCCACGCCUGAAGAUGGCCAGGCGAACCAGCCGGAGCCUGCAUCUGUUCCUGACACAGCGGUUCACUCCCCCCCGUAUCCAACGCCUACUGCAGAUAACCCCACUACAAUGACUGAGGGCCGAGCAGCUGGACCGGAGCAUUCAUUCACAGAGCCGCAGGAUGCAACCUCUCUACCCGAUUUGAAUUUCUUUUCGACGGACUCCUGCCUACAGAUUUCGGACGCUUUAUCGCCGAGUUUGCAGAGCUCACUGGACAGUCCAGUUGACUUUUCCGAGGAAGAUUUUGACUUGUUUACGAGCACCCUUUGUACUAUAGAUUUGCAACAUUUACAGUUCUGAAAAAAGAAAAAAAAAAAACAUCACAACGCAUACAAGAACAAUCGAACUACAUCUUAUUGCAGGGUCGUGAUUGGUUCUCGACCGCAACAUUCCUAUAAUAUGACAGAAAAAGAGUGAAAAAAAAAACAUUUACCUAAUUUUUUUAAAAGAAUGAAAAACAAAAAAGGCGUGAAGCUACGCCAACACGGAAAUAAAUUGUCCAUUAUUUUGAAAAUACGAUGAUGUAAUCUUUUUUGAAUACACAUCAGGAAGGCCCCUGUCGAAGUUUCAGGUAUUUUAUUGCCUUUUGAUUCUCGGAUUUUAGUUUAUCUCGACUAACAGAUGAAUGGUUGCGGACUUUUUCAGUGAAACUCAAUCAUUGGAAUCUCAGGAAUUGUGUCAGACAUAAGGGUAGUUGAACUGCUUUUAGGAAUUCUCCCAAGGCGGGCGUUGUCCUUAUUGAAUAAUUUUAGAACUAGUUUAUUUAUUGAGAUUCUUUAAUAGUAAAUUUCAAAUUUAUUUAUUGUACGUUAUUUUCAUAGUUGAAAUAAUAAAAAUACAAUAAAAAAAAAAACAAAUAUGCUGGAGCGAGUGUGAUUGAUUCUCUAAGGUUUAACGAAUUUUUUUCAUUAUAAAGAAUGUUUAUUUAUUUUAAUACAAAUCAAGACAUUCAUUUUAAGAAUUUGUUCUUUCUCCUUGGUAUUGAUGUAUGGUGAUGAAACUACACAAUUCAGUC